GUGCCGGAAAGCGUGUUCAUGCAUCGAGCGAGCUGAGCGGAAGUGGUCUGCAAGCUCAGGAAACAGUACUUGCGCUGAUUGCCGACAGCGUCCAAAGAAGCAUGUCCCUCGAGUGAGAUUGGGCUGCCGUAGCCGGAGAACCGUCGGAGGAGAUCGUCCGAGCUGAUCUCUGAAGGAUAGCCCUGGAGAUGCAGUCGGUGUACGGCCACAUCCGGGGAGGGAACAGCCAUCGUCUUGCCGCCAGAGACUCUGCUGGCGUGCAUCCACCACCAGCAGCCGCGCAAAAUGUGGCGAAUCUCUCCUUCCUGCAAGCUGCGAGUCGGCCAGAGAUCGAUCCCUUCGUUCGCAGCUACUGUUACGGGCAGGCGCAUGCAUGUCCUUCAGUCCGGCAGGCUAUCUGCAAGCCCAGGGGUGGCAGGGUGCCGGGCAAGGCUUGCAAGCGGGAUCACGAGCCAAGCCGAUCACGCUCAUCAAGAAGAAGGAUCAGUCUGGCUUAGGCAAGGACAGAGACGAGGCCUAUCCCUGGUGGGACGAUGUCUUUGCGAACGUGGCCAAGAAGAUUCCUAGCAAGCCAGCCGUCUCAGCAGGGGCAGUGUCGCCUCAGUCUAAUGCACGACGGCAUACCACCGUCACUGGCCUCAUAUCACCCUUGCCAGCGCCAGCGACUUCGCACAGCGGACUCAGCACUGCUGGGACUUCGAUCCCCUCUGCCUCUGUCCAGCUAGACGUCAUCGCCCAAGCCAAACGCGCAGGCGCCAAAGCCCAUCUCUAUUCGCGCUUCUCUCGCGGCGCAACUCUGACGGGCAGCCACGAGGCUAGCGACAACUCUGCCUCUCCUUCCACCGCUCCUUCACCUUCAGCCGCGCCGCAAGGGGCACUGUCACCUGUCCCCAUCGCGGCAGAGACAGCAGACGAGCGCCGAGCCCGUCGCAAGGCUCGCAAAGCCCGCAGACUAGCUCGAGCACAACGUCGUGCAGCUCGGCAUGGCGGUCCAGUAGCAGUGUCUGCUCAGCUCGACACAACCAAGCCGGUCAAACGGGCAGAGCAGACAGAACCGAGCCAAACGUCAGACUCUCAAGAGGAGCACGCCUCGACGCCACAUACGACCGACAAGCGUUCAGCUAAGCGAAAACGCAAGAAGUGCAAGCCUGUUCAGCUCUGAUGGGAGCUUCUCUGCGCCAUUUGAAUACAGUCGCGAGCUGGGCAGUACAGGGGAUGCAAAAUCAGGAAACAGGAAUUGCCACGUCAUUUGCUCAGAAGCUCUUCCGUGUCGCUUGUCAUCUUCGUCGUAGACCCGCAAUCGGACGAAGCGAUCUCACUUGUUGUUGUUGUCGGUAAUGGGAAUGAGCAUUUGCGCAGAAGGUGCCACACGGAUACACAGGAUGCACGCUGGGUCGCUGAUCACUCCGUGCCUUUGGUGCGCUUGCCGAGCUGAUGGAUUCGAGCCGUCACAUAACUGAGAACAGGCAUUACAGCUGCAUCGACAGCAGAAUGAAGCUGGCCAGACAGCGUCGAC